UUUGCCACGUCGCCCUUAUACCAUGUUUAGGCAAACGAAAAAAACUGUUUCCGCUCGCCCAACUCCGAAUCCCGAUCUUCAAAUUCCUGUUCAACAUCUGGCCUCCAUGAAAGCAAAAAUGGAGCUCCAUUACUACAGCCAACGGAAUCAGUCUCACAGAGCGGCUCUUGCUGCAGCUUUUCUUCUUCUCUUUCCUCUUUUUUUCCCCAAUCUCUUCCAUCCCUUGGGCCGCGCUUCGCCUUCCUUAUUCUCUGUACGUUCAGGAAUGGAUUUCCCCGAAACCGAUGCACUCGAUUCUACUAAACAGUGCUUUGCAUCGUAUCACGACAUUAGAAGACAAGGGAAAGAUCUGGUCUCCAUUGCCAAAUCAAGGAUGGAAGCCUUGUGUGAAGCCUACAAGAGAGGAAUUAGCACCAAGAAAAUCUCAAGGUUACAUCCAAGUGUUCCUAGAUGGAGGAUUGAAUCAGCAAAAAAUGGGGAUCUGUGAUGCAGUUGCUGUUGCCCGAAUACUGAAUGCGACAUUGGUAAUUCCUCAUUUUGAAGUUAAUGCUGUUUGGAAGGACUCAAGUUCGUUUGCAGAAAUUUUUGAUGUGGAUCACUUUAUUGAUGUCCUGUCUGAUGAUAUAUCAAUAGUCAAGGAGCUGCCUAUUGAAUACUCAUGGAGCACAAGGGAAUACUAUGCUACUGGAAUACGUAAUACAAGAAUUAAAACAGCUCCUACCCAUGCUUCUGCAAGCUGGUAUUUGGAAAAUGUCUUGCCUGCAUUACAGAGCUAUGGGAUUGCUGCUAUUGCUCCUUUCUCUCAUCGUCUGUCCUUCAGCGACUUGCCUAUUGAGAUUCAGCAUUUGCGUUGUAAAGUCAACUUUAAGGCAUUAACCUUCGUUCGGGGCAUCAUUGAAUUAGGAGAGACCAUUGUCAAUCGCCUUCGUUACCCUUAUAAUGGAAAUGAAAUAGAAGGAACUGAGAAUCUGCCGCAGGAUGAGAAGAGAAAAUUGGAAGGUGGGAAAUUUGUUGCAUUGCAUCUCCGAUUCGAUAAGGAUAUGGCUGCUCAUUCAGCUUGCGAAUUUGGUGGGGGUAAAGCCGAGAAACUGGCUCUUGCAAAAUACCGUCGAGUGAUUUGGCAGGGAAGGGUUCCAAACUCACAGUUCACUGAUGAAGAAUUGAGAUAUCAAGGACGUUGCCCAUUGACUCCUGAAGAGAUAGGAUUGCUGCUAGCUGCUCUGGGGUUUGAUAAUAGUACACGUGUCUAUCUUGCUAUACACGAGGUUUAUGGUGGGGAAGAAAGGAUCUCAACUUUGCGCAACUUAUUCCCCCUCCUCGAAGAUAAGAAGGGCCUUACCUCAUCCGUGGAACGUGCUGGUAUAGCGGGCAAAGCAUCAUUAUCAGCUGCAGUUGAUUAUUAUGUGAGUAUGCACAGCGACAUCUUCAUUUCUGCCUCGCCUGGAAACAUGCACAAUGCUCUGGUGGGACAUCGGACAUACUUGAACAUGAAGACUAUAAGACCAAACAUGGUACUGUUGGGACAGCUGUUCCUCAAUAGGAGCAUGGAAUGGGCAGAAUUCUAUCAGGGUGUUGUGGAUGGACAUAAAAAUAGACAAGGGCAGAUCAGGAUAAGGAAAGAGAAGCAAUCCAUAUAUACUUAUCCUGCUCCUGAUUGCAUGUGCCUUCAUCACUCCACAUGAUCUGUAAAUUUUCUUUACUGAGCUCCAAGUUUUGGUUCUAAACCUUAUACAGUUUAUUUCAUAGGAGGAUCUCAAUAAUGAAAUAUCAAUCUUAAAAGUCGGUUCCUGAAACAUUCCCAUGA